AUGCCUUCACUAUUCUACCCGUUCUGCUCCAUUCUUGUGCUUCUCCUUCUUUCGAUCAUAACACAGGUCAGUUUGGAAAGGACACCCAGGCGCACGCUAAAAUAAAGACCAUAAACCUACUAGAAUAUUCUGCACGAACAACAUUCCCGGCAUCGUUAUACUAUUUUUGUCUUCCGCAUCUUUCGUUUUUGCAAUUUCCUCAUCGGUGACGGUGGCGUAUGGAAUAAUUGAAUUCGAAUUUGAGCAAAACUUCUUUUGAGUCACUCGGACUUUAAUCCUUGAUGCUUUUGAAGAGAACAAUUAAGUGAUAAUAGUUAACAAGAUUAUAUAUUCUAGGCUUCACUCAUUGGCCCGACACACUCAGAUGUCACCCUGCUGGAAAGAUUAAGACUGGUAUGUUUGAUGAGAACUGAUCAUUCGAAAAAUUGUUUUUGGAUUUUUCUUUUUCAGGAGAGUGACCUCAAGAAUGGUGCUUCUCUGCUAAGAGAAAUCCUUGAGAAAACUUCAAACGCCCAGUUGCAAGAUCUGGAGAGAUUAACAGGUGAAAUUCACACAUUCGAACUGAAGGUUUUAAAAGUAAAUACUUUCAGAGCCGUACCGUUCGAAGCGCUGUCGAUGGAAGCUUUGCGGCACAGGACGUCGCUUCCGAUUCAACUGA